AUGUUUGCCCAAUGUAACUUUGUCAUCAGAAAUGCAUUUGGAGCCUCCCCUCCACCUUUUAUUGACCUCUUGAGGGACAUUCUGAGAAGAUACCCAGAUGGAGGACAAAUACUGAAGGAGCUGAUACAGAACGCAGAUGAUGCAAAGGCAACAGAGGUUUUGUUUGUCCAUGAUGAGAGACACUAUGGCAAGCAUAACCUCUGGCAUGAUGAACUUGGAAAGUAUCAAGGUCCUGCCCUGUAUGCUUUUAAUAAUGCUGUCUUCACUGAGGAUGACUGGAGAGGUAUUCAGACCACAUGCAGAAGCACCAAACGAGAUAAUCCAGACAAAGUGGGAAGAUUUGGGAUUGGCUUCAACUCUGUCUAUCAUGUAACAGAUUUGCCUUCUGUAUUAAGUUCCAAACAUCUUGGCCUAUUUGACCCUCAAGAGAAGUUCUUUGGAGAUGGUGAGGGUGGCUACCAAUGGUCUUUGGAUGAUGAAGAUGACAGAGACAGCCUUUUGAGCUUGUCUGAUCAAUUCCAACCAUUUCGAGACAUUGUUCAACAAGUGACUGACUAUACAUGGGAGAACAUUAUCAGUGAACGCAAUUUCAACGGAACACUUUUUCGAUUCCCCUUGCGUAGUGAGCCCUCUGAGAUUUCAGACAACCUGUAUGACUCAGGGAAAAUGAGGGAGCUCUUCCGCAGUUUUAGUGCAGAUGCAGACCUUAGCCUUCUGUUCUUAAAAAACGUGUCAUCUAUUUCUUUAAUGCACAUUGGCAAAAGUGGCACCAUCAACACUGAGCUGAAAUUGUCUGCCUCCACGGAACAUGAAAUUUUGCAUGAUCAAGAGGAGUCUGUGGAUGGCAGAACAUACAGCAGAAGUGUAUCUUGCAAAUCAUCUGGAAAAGAAACCGAAAUAAAGUGGCUCAUGACUACUUGUCGCUUGAAAGAAGGCCAUUCUCCACAGAUAGAUUCUCUUGCUAAGAAGCUGCGCUAUCGAUGUCAAGUUGAUGCUGCGUUCCCUUAUAGUGAGGACCGAGACAUUUUAAAUGGAAGACUGUGCUGCUUUCUACCCCUUCCAAACAAUGAAUCUAACAAGACUGGGCUUCCAAUUCACAUUAAUGCAUGCUUUGGUCUCACAGACAACAGAAGGGACAUCAAGUGGCAAGAAGAGGAUCAGAAAUAUGAUGAAGCUGCAAGAUGGAAUGAACUGCUGGUGAAAGAGCUUCUUCCUCACACAUAUUUGAUGAUCAUCAUGGGUGCCAUUCAUUUUUCCAAACAGUCCUUCUUACCAUCCUCUUCAGUAUAUCAUCUUUGGCCUGACAUGAACAAGAUCAAACACAAAAACAAAUGGCGCGAAGUCACCACUGAAAUGCUCAAACACUUGUUUCAAAAUAAGGCAGUUUUUUGUCUCGCUGGAAAUGAGGACGUCUGGGUGACUCCUUCAGAAACCGUGUUUCCAACCCGUGCCAUCGAUCCUGAGACAAUGUCUGCUGUGACAAGAGUAUGUACUGCACAACAAGAAAAUCUGGUCACCAUUCCAGAUCAUGUACUAGAGGAUGUUCAAUGCUUCUUUCCAGAGCCUGACAAAAUAAAAUGGGUAACUCCAUCUCUCAUUAGAGAUGUCUUGCGGAGAUGUGAAGUGGAAAAACUCAGUAAAUGUGACAAGCUCUCUCUUCUGGGCUAUGUUCUGAGUGAUGCGAAGUACAAUGAGCUAUGGGGUCUUAAGCUUCUGCCACUCAGUGAUGGAUCUUUUAAGUCAUUCACCAAUGAGGAUAAAAACACCGCUUUGAUAGACAAUGAAAAAUUUCCAAGAGUGCUGUUACCAUUUUGCAGAGAAAUGUUUCUGCCUUAUGAUCUAUGCAGCAAAGUUUUUCACCAUCUACGGCAACUGGCAGCCACAGGAAUGUAUAAAGUAUUCAAUCUGGACGCUUCAAACAUUGCUGUUUUUACCAAGAAGAGUUUACCCAGAGAGUGGGAAGAUACACAGACUCAUGUGACAUGGAAAAUAGGACAUCAAGAUCAUCCACCCAUGAACUGGCUAGCAGAAUUCUGGAAAUAUUUGAGUACACAGCAGCUAAGUGACUUCAUAGGCAUGCCUGUUAUUCCAGUCGAACCACUUCAAAGCAGAAACAGUUCUGUCUCAUUGGCAAGAUUACAGAGUAAAACAACUUUGAUUUUUCAGAGUUCUACCCAGAUUAGCUUACCUGAUCAAAUUCAGAAAGUGGUACAGAGGGUAGGAGGCACAGUCAUAAUAAAGGACAAGUGUCUAAGGCAUGAUGAUCUUGACAGUUAUGUGCUGCCACCAUCUCCAAAAAGCAUCCUGAAAAUCUUCUCGAACUUAAAACACAACAUGGUCAUAAGAGGUGUUACCUCUGCGUCUAAGGGGGAAAAAGAUGAGAUUAAAUCAUAUUUCUCUACUUUGAAUUCCCUCUGUCACAGUGAACUGGAUGUAAUCUUAACAUUGCCAUUGUUCCAAUUAAUGACGGGGGAAUAUGUUGCCGCUCGGUCUAAGAAGGCAGUUGUUCUCAGUUCAGCCCCAUUUAUUCCAAAGGAUCUUCCCAUUCCUGACACAAUUGUGCAAUGUGCUACUGAGGCUGACCGCAGGCUUCUGACCCUACUCAAUAUUGACCUUCUUGAGCCAGCUCAAUUGGCUGUCCAUUUGGUUGACUGCUUUGAGAACAUUUUUUUCCAAAGACAGGAGCAACAGAAAAUAAUGACUUGGAUUCUGGAACAUGGAGGUCUUCUCUUUUCACAGAGUGCAGAGUUACUCAGAAAAUGUAAGGAUCUGGAAUUCAUUGAGACAGGGAAUGGAGAGCACAAAAAACCUGCAGCCGUUUUUGAUCCCACUAAUAAGACAUUUCAGGAUCUUUUGGAUGUGGAUUCCUUUCCGACAUCUAUUUAUAUACGCAUUCCACAAAUGCUUGAGAGUUUAGCACGUCUUGGAUUACAGACAAAAGAAACAGAUCUGUCGCCAACACAUAUACUACAGGUUGCUGAACAUAUUGAGAGACUUCACAUCCACUCAAAAAAGAAGAUGUUCAAAAAAGCUGACACUCUGGUAAGAGUACUUAAUGGUAAUGACCUGCUCUCAAAAUUUACAGAGCAGCAAAUAGCACAGCUUCUACAGAUACCGUGGUUACCCUGUAAAAAUCCAGAUGCAGUGGAUGGUGAAAAUAGAGACACUCAGGAGAGGAGUCUCUACAAACCUUUGGAGGUCAGGGCUUCAGAAUUCUCAGAUAUUGUUGGACAUGUCAUGCCACUCACAUCAGACCUGAGGCAAGGGAUCUGCCAAAAGCUCAACCUUCAAAGUCCUCCCCCUGCUGAAAAGGUCAUUGCAAAUCUUGCUGCUCUAAGGUCAAUGGCAUUGGCAAUGGAAAACCCUGAUUCAGAUGUAAACUUUAAAAGAAAGUUGCAUAGCACUUAUAAAUAUAUGCAAGAGAAUAUUGAGGAUUUCAGAAGGAAGAUGAAUAUGAAAUGCAUACACUGGCUGUGGAUUCAGAAUCAGUUUGUCUCUCCGUGUGAUGUGUUUUUAGCCUAUCCCCCUGAGUUGGACCUUAGCCUAUACAUCAAAAAAGUGCCAGAGGAGUUUUGUCACUAUAACAAUCUGCUAACAGAGUUUGGCGUUAAAGAAACGCUUUCAGCAGAGGAAAUUAAAGAAAUACUUUAUGACAUUAAACAAAUUAUUGAUGAGAGGGAGCCAUCCUUUGGAAACUUCUCAGAGCUUAAGGUAUCCACAGCGAUUCUUGAUUGGAUACGAAAACAUGAAAUACCUGUUAAGGAUGAUAUUCCAGUGCCUGUCAUGGAGGAAAACCAAAGAUUUACCUUGCAGCCACUCUCUAAAACUGUCUUCUGUGACAUUAGCAGUGAAGGUUUGGAUGCCUUGAGACAAGACAAGGAGGAAUUCUAUGUGAUUCACCAGGAGAUACUUCCUGUGACAGCAAAAUGGCUGAAAAUUCCAUUCCUCAGUACUCGGGUUUUAAAACCUGAGUUUCUUGGGAUUGAACAGUUUGGUCAAACUGAGCCUAUUACUCAAAGAAUCAAAAAUAUCCUCAAGGAAUACGAUGAAGAAAGUGAUAUUUUCAAAGAGGUCAUACAAAAUGCAGAAGAUGCUGGGGCAAGAACGUGUAGGUUUAUGCUUGACUUUAGAAGGCACACUGAUCCUCCUGAAAGCCUCAUUGAUGGAGGCAUGGAACUCUGCAAUGGACCCUGCCUUUGGAUAUUCAAUGAUGAGCUUUUCUCAAAAGAAGACUGGGAAAAUAUUGUAAAAGUUGGUGCUGCUACAAAAGAAAACAAAAUUGAGAAAAUUGGGAAAUUUGGAGUUGGUUUCAAUGCUGUGUAUCAUGUGACUGAUAUUCCCUCUAUCUUGAGUGGAAAAAACCUUCUCGUUCUUGAUCCGAAUGUGACACAUCUGCAGAAGCACAUUCAUAGCAAAGCAAACCCUGGAAUCAAACUGGACUUAUUUCAACAGAGACUGUUUCGUAUGUUCCCUGGACAGUUCAGAUCUUAUGAAGGCAUUUUCAAUUGUGAUCUAUCUAAGCAGAGCACCCAGAAAUUUUACCAAGGAACUUUAAUUAAAUUACCAUUCCGCACCCAAGCAGAAGCUGAUAGGUCAGAUAUCAGCUCAAAGGUGUAUGACCAAGAACGCAUUGGUAGUUUUCAACAAGUCUUGACCUACAAUUGUCAAGCAAAUCUAUUGUUUCUAAAGAACAUUAACUUUCUGUCUCUCCAAAUCCUGCCUGGAAAUGCUUUUACACCACCACUUGAUGACCAAAUCCAGAAUAUCUUCACACUUUCCAAAGGAACUGUAUGUACAAUUGAUAUUCCAAAUGAAAUGCAACUCACGGAGACACAGAAUGAGUCACUACAGUUUUUAAUGAAAUGUAAUGCAAAUUGCAAAAAGAUUAUUGAUUUUUCUGCUGCAGCAAUUGUUAAACUGGUCCAGGAACAUGCAGAAGGAACAAGCAUCCAGCACUGGCUUGUGUACUCAUGUUUUGGAUCAAAAGACUCUCUACAGAUGUUCCACUCAGAAAAUCACAGGUGUUUGUUUUCUUUGCCAGUUGGUGGUAUUGCCGUACCUUUAAAAAGAGAGUGUGAAAAUGGACCGUGGUGUCCUGAGGAGAAAAGUGUUGCUGGUCAGAGUUUUUGUUUUCUCCCACUCUCAGUUGAGACAGGCCUUCCAGUUAAUGUCAAUGGAUCCUUUUCUAUCACAUCCAAUCGAAAAGGACUUUGGGAUACCGGAGUAAAACUUGAUUGGAACAAAGCCUUGCUGCAGGAUGCUGUCACCACUGCUUAUGUUACAUUAAUGCUUGUACUUAAAAAGAUGGUCCAAAGUGGGAAGAUUGAAAAUUAUCCCUACUACACUUUUUGGCCUGAUCGAGAGAAAGUAAACAAAGCAUUCCAACCAUUGGUUGACGCUUUCUACUCUUCCAUAGCUCAGAAGUUUAAUGGAAGAGACCUUGCACUCUUCAGUAAUGGCAAAAAAUGGUGCUCAUUGAAGGACGCAAGAUUUUUGGACCCAGCUAUUGAAAAAAAUGAAAAAGUGGGCGCACUAGCAAUGGAAGUGUUUCUUAACAAUAAAGAAACAAGUUACUGUGCAGUUUCUCUUCCUUCAUGGGUCAGAAAUAGCAUUACACAGAGCGGCUUCAGCAAGAUGUUACAGGACAGAACCUUCCAUUGGAGUGAGUUUUACCAAGUCGUCUUUAAGAAUCUGGAUAACAUAGAUCCACAUAACAGAAAUACACUCAUACUGAAUGCCAUUGAUCUGAAUGUGAAAACUGUUGAUGACCUACUGAAGAGUCAUCCUUGCAUUCCUACACAGAGAGGUGGAAAACUUCAGCUCAUCAAGAAACUUGUGAAUCCAUUUGGUAAAGUGGCGUGUUUGUACAAGCCUUCAGAAGGACGUUUUCUUGAGGGAGCCAAAACUGAUUUCUUCUCCCCUAAAAUAAUUCAGCGGCUCUCAGAAUUGGGAAUGUUGAACGAUCGCCUCCACAUGGAGGACAUAAUAGAAAGAGCAAAGACCAUACCCAAAGUUUGGGAGGAAGACAGACUGAAAGCCCAAAAGCGGCUGCAGUGCCUGUUUGACCUAAUGAGGAACUGUUCAGAAGAAGAGCACACGUCACACUGGAACUCACUGAAGGAUAUAGCAUUCAUUCCUGUAGUGCCUCCUUUGGGUAAAAAACAUGCAAGUGCACUUAAAAAGCCCUCUGAAAUUUACAAUGAAAAUUGCCAGCAUUUAGUAAAUAUGAUAGAGUUUACAACUGAUCUUUCACAACUGAACAUACAUGCACAAGAUCCAGUCCUCAGGAAACUGGGAAUCCAAGAAAGCCCAUCUCUUGAAACUGUGCUCAAACAACUUCAAGCAGCACAUGAACAUUCUGAAAUGUGUGAUGGGUCUGAGCUCUUGAAGAUUGCUUAUGAUUGUUAUUUAUAUUUAAACGAAUGGCUGGUUGAGGCACAAGGAGAUCCUACUCUCAUUGUAGUCAGUGCAUCCUCAUUUCCUUUCAUUUUUGUUGAAGACAAAUUUGUGAGUGUAAAGACAGUGGCAGAGAACACAUCGUUUGAGGCGAGACCGUAUCUCUAUGUGCUUCCAAAAGCGUUUUCCAAAUUCAGAACGCUAUGGGAAUGUGUAGGCAUCCCAGACCAGUUCACAACAGAGCAGUUUGUUGCUGCCCUUGGGGAAAUGAGUGGCAAAGGAUGUCACCCACUUUCAGAUUCAGAUCUCCAGAUUUGUCUUCUAAUACUAAAUUGGAUUAGCUCUGAAUCAGACCAGGCUGUAGACACAAGCCAGAAGAGUUGUGUUCUACCUGAUGACAAAGGAGUGUUGAGACCCUCAAGCCAACUCCAUUUCAAUGACAGCCCAUGGUUACCAAUCUCAGAUGGAAUCACACUUUGUCACAGAUCAAUUUCCAGACAUAUAGCCAUUCAUUUUGGGGUUAAUACCACAAGACACCACACCCUGCAAAAGCUUAAAUUUGAGUUUUCACCUUUUUCAGAAGAGUUUGGACAACAUGAGAGACUAACGGUUCGGCUUAAAAAUAUAAUUGAUACAUAUCCGUCUAAGAAGGAUAUUCUGAAAGAACUCAUACAAAAUGCAGAUGAUGCCAAGGCAACGGAAAUCCACUUUGUGUGGGACAAAAGGAACCACACAACUGAGGAAACAUUUGGGGAAAGAUGGAACUUACUUCAUGGUCCAGCAUUGUGUGUAUACAGCAACAAUGUAUUUACUGAAGCUGACCUUAAGGGUAUUCAAAAGCUGGGGGAGGGCGCAAAACAUGGCACUUUGGGAAGAACUGGGAAGUAUGGACUUGGAUUCAAUUCUGUUUACCAGCUGACUGACUGUCCCUCAAUCCUAACGGGUAACCGAAGGCUCUGCAUAUUUGAUCCUAAUUUGAAGUAUGUGGAGGGUAGCACUAUACGUUCACCAGGGAUUAUGUAUCAUGUCAACAAACUAUUCACAGAUUCAUUUGUUGAUGUCUACAACACUUUUCUACCAUCAGAUUUUGCUCUUCCUUCUGGAACCAUGCUACGUCUUCCUUUUCGGACAAAAGACAUGGCUGCAGAAUCAGAAAUAUCUAAGCAAGAAGUUUCAGUUUCUGAGAUUAAGGAACUGAUUGCAGCCCUCUCUGAAGACCCUGAGGGACUAAUUCUUUUCUUGCGGAACAUAAAAAAAAUACAGUUCCAUGAAAUAAGUGAAACAAAAAAUAAACUGACCACUAUAUUCUCAGUUGAGAAGACAAUACCUGAAAAAAGCAGCAAAGAAUUGGCAUCUUUUCACAAAGAGGUGCAGAAUGGUCUUGAUUCUGAAAAACUUGUAACGCCAUGUAAAAUACUUUAUGAUGUGGGAAUUUCUUUGUCUAAGCAAAGAAAAAGCCAAUGGGUAGUCGCUGAACAGUUCGGACCUUCUAAGCAGGUCAGUGAGAUGGGGAAUAAGGACCUCUAUACAGGUAUACCAUGGGUAGCACUGGCGGCAAAUACAGAUGGCAAAACUGACCAGUUUAAUGGAGUAACAUUUUGUUCUUUGCCCCUGCCAGGGAAUACUGGUCUUCCAGUGCAUGUGAAUGGAAAUUUUGAGGUAGGCCAGUCAAGAAGGGGUCUGUGGAAAGAAGAUGGUGGUGGUUUGAAAAUGAAAUGGAAUCAGACAUUGAAACUGGACAUCAUUGCACCACUUUACGCUGAUCUCCUAAGUCAUAUUAGUUCAACUGUGAAGAGAGAGAUCUGUUACAGUAUUGGUUCUGUUGGCACACAUUUGAAUGGCAGUUAUCUCAAAUUUUUCCCCUUAGUCACAGAGAAUGUUGGCCAAGAUUGGCAUGACAUGAUACAUGAAGUAUACAGGUCUAUUGAUGAGCGAAACCUCUGUGUUAUUCCAGUUUUACAUAUCUUCACAGAGAAGAUUGGAACCCAAACAAUGAAUAAGUUUCAUGUUAAGUGGUCCAGCCUCAGAAAAGAACCGGUCAACGUGCCUCAUUUUGCAAAUGAUGAGAAUGAAUACAUCAUUUCAGAAUUGGAGGCUAUUGGAAUGCAAGUUGUCCCCUGUUCUUCACAAAUGACUAAAAUAUGUAACAGUUUCCAAUCUGCUCAUGUUGAAGUGAAGACAGUCACUCCUUUCACGGUCAGAGAGUAUUUGAAAAAGAAGACUUUGAAUAACUCAAAACAAACUGGAGAGGAAUUGCCAUUACCCAUUAAACAAACUCUGAUUAAGAACAGAAGGAGAUGCUCAGCGCUCCUAGACUACUGCAUGAAGGAUAUCAAUGAGGAAACAUUAGACAAUCUAAGUGGUUUACCUCUCCUUCUCACUCAUGAUGACAGACUGAGGACAUUCAGUACUUACUCUCCAAAACAUCUUACAAGGCUUGUCAAGCUCUUCCAUGGCCAUGAAGGAGAUUUUGCAGAUUACAAAGUCAAUGGCGAACACAUUGAUAAGCUACAAACUGGUAACUAUGUAAAAAAGCUGACGAUUCGUUCUGCUGCUCCCUAUCUGAAAACCAUUCUCCAAGAGCUCCUUCAAAAUUGUGAAGUGGACCACAUGAUCAAUCUGUAUAUUCUGGAUGAAGUUUUCAAAAAAUGGUUAAAGCGGCUUUGGGAUUUUUUCAACAGCUCUGAAAUCGGGUCAAAAGAUGGCCAUGUUAGUUCCUUCAAUGACAUGAUGACAUUUCUCUCAGACAUCCCAAUUGUUCCAGUUAAAAGCCAAACUCAAAAUGGCAAAUGCGUGCUGGGAGCCUUGAAGGAUCUUUCCAGUUUUCUUCCAGAUAAACCUUCAGAGACUUCAUCUAUUCUAUUUAAACUUGGAAUCUUGAGGCUGGAUCUGGCCUUCUUCACUGGAUAUUUUGGAAUAGUAACCCCUAUCAAGGAACAGUUAUUAAAUCCAUUGGAACAAGAUGCUGUCUUGGAUCAAAUCUACAACCAUCCAAAUCUACACUUUGAAAAACUGAGCAGCUCAGAAUCUGACAAUCUCCUAUUGUAUUUCCGGAACGGAACAUCCAAAAAUCAAGCUGACUAUGACAGAAAGCUGAAGACAUUACCAUUAUUUGAAACUAUCCAAGGCAGACGACAAAGAAUUGAUGUGAGUGGAGAAUUGUACAUUCUUGAUGUUGAAAUUUUGAAAUUGUAUCCAGAUUUGUUACUCUUUGGAGAAAAUGACGUGUUCCUCGAGAAUAAUGAACUGAACAAGGGAUUUUCAGGCAGAAUGGGUAUAAAAAUCUUGAACGAUCUGGAAUUCUACAUGCAAUUCAUUCUUCCCAACUUGAACAGAUUGUCCACUGACCAGAUUUUGAAGGUGGUCAAGGUGACUGUUGAACUGCAGCAAAAGUUCUCUCAUUUGUUCAGACAAAGUGAAGAAAAGAUUUACUCCAGUCUCAGUAAAAUUAAAUUCAUACAGGAUGUGAAUGGACAGCUUCAGCUGGCCUCAUACUUCUUUGAUGAAGAUGUACAUCUGUAUCAGGUUAUGUUGCCAAGGGAUAAAUUCAUACCUCAACACUUUUGGGAAAAAAUCAAAUCUGAGCCAAAAGCAGACAAGAGAAGUAUAAAGGCACUCUUGAAACAACUUGGAUUCAAGCAUAAAGUGUCAAAAGAAGAGAUGAUCACAUUUGCAUUAGAAAUUGAAAGUGGUGGUAAAGGGAACACCAAGAACUUAGAGGAGAGGUCCAAGCUGCUGCUGGAAGAAAUUUUGAGGGAACCACAAAAGAAAGAAGAAAAGGAGUACGAGCAAUUUAUUCAGAGGAUAUCGCUAAUCAAAUUUAUCAUUCCACUUAAAAUUCAAGAUGAUUUGUGUGCAUUUCAUCCACAAUGUGCUGGAGGGCAAGACAGGCCCACUGUCUCCAUAAGUGGUUCACUGAUUUCAUGUGAUCCCUCUCAUGAACUUUUAAUAUGGACCUCCAUGCCAAUAUUACCAUCAUAUGCAUACACGCCUUAUCAAAAAAAAACUCUGCAGUUAGGUGGUGCUGAGACUGAGCCUCCAUUUAGCAAAAUCGCGGAAAACUUACGUAAUAUCACUGGCAUAGAAUGCAAUGAUGAAAAACUGAUUCAAAUUAGGACUAAAGUUCUUGAGUAUUCUUAUGCAUACCUCCUGAGAGUCAAUUUUGAUACUGCUCCUCUGUUGGAUCUCCCUUUAGUGCUUGUGGAGGGAAAUACAAAACUUGUCAAACCAAGCCACACUGUUUUGACAAUUCAAAAUGAUUCUGAAUUCAAGCCCUACCUGUAUCAGCUACCUCCUGCACUGAUGCUAUACAAGGAUUUCUUUCAAAAGAUAGGUGUUGCUCCAACUCCCACACUAAAACAUUACAGUAAUGUUUUGAGUGACAUUCACAAAGAUUCCAGCCUCAAGGGAACACUGAAUGCGAAUCAGAGAAAAACAGUGAAACGAUCUGUUGAGCAGCUUCUCUGUUUAAUGAAAAAUUCCAAGAAUACACUGACACAUGAGUUCCCCCUUCCACUCUACUUACCAGCAACAGAUGGAAAAUUAUACUGCUCAAGUAGCUUGUACUUCAAUGACACUUCCUUCAACAAAGAAAGAUUGAAAAAUUCACUGCAGAAACAAAAACUGAAACUUCUUGAGACUCUCAGUCAUUGCCACCUCGGAGAUGAUCUGUACACUCACUGUGAGUUAGUCAAACUGCUACCAGAGGGUGCCCGUCCCUUAAUGCUUUCACACGUUAUAAAGCAGACAGAAUCUAACAUAGAGCUCUGCACAUAUCAGGAAAACUGUCCAAUGAAGGCAACUUUUCAAGAACCUUUAACAUCCAAAUACUUUUUGCAUGGCCUUGUCUGUCUUAUAAGAAAACAGAACAGCGGUGCAGACUCACAAGAUAAAACCAUUCAAAUGUGCCAAAGCACUUUCAGCAAAAUAAAAAUCAAAUGCUGUGAGGAACUUGAGACACAUCUACAAAUGGAUCAAGGUCCAUUACCAGACAGCACAAUCACGUGUACGGUAUUUGUUAGGAGGGAGGAGCAUGGCUCUACUUUUUUUCUAAAGCACAAUAAUGAGUUGUCUCCCCGAAUACAAAAUCAAAUAAUUUUAAGUUUAACUGCUGAGAUCAAUGCACUUUUGGAAAAUGCCUUAAGUUCAGAUUUACUGCUGUGUCUACACGAGCUGCUGUAUUGUGAAAGCAUGGACGAUGUAAACGAGUUGUUGGAAAGGAAGGGCAUAUUUCAAAGUGCGGAACAAAUGGAGAAUCAAAAUGAACUCCCAGAGCCUGGGAGUCCUAUUCCAGAAGAGUGGAUUGACUGCCUUGAUAUGGACCUUUUCAACAACUUUGAUGAGGGGGAAUAUGUUGGAUUCAAAAGACUCUCAGAUGAGGUCUAUAUCUAUGCCAUUGUUCUGGAAUGUGUCAAGAGUUGUAGACAGCAAAAUACUUUAACACGGCUUUUUAAAGUUCAAACUGGACCAGAAGAAAUCGUUGAAGCAAGCUCUCUUGAUCUCUAUCGAAUCAAAAGGCCAAACAAAAGGCCAAACAAAACGCCAGAAACAUUAAAUGUGAAUCCAUGCAGGGACAUGGUGAUCAAAGCAAAUAAACAGGAGGCGCCAACAGGGACUCCUGUAGCACCCAAAGUCCACUCUCCACCCCAUUCCUUGGAGGAAGCAAAAAGAGAAAUUGACAGAUCCUUAAAGGAGAUUUGGUCUUUGAAAAUUGAAGACAGACAAAAGGCAAUUCAUCGGCUUUACUUAAAGUGGCACCCAGACAAAAAUCCAGACUGGGUCGAUAUAGCCACUGAAGCUUUCAAAUAUUUGAAAAACAAGAUCAAUGAACUGGAACUGGGACAAUCUGGAUCUUGUGCCUCAGGCUACAGUAGUGGUAGGUCUGGAUUUAAUUGGAAUGCUGGAAACUUCUAUCGACAAUGGGACCAAGAGGCCUCAUACCACAGAAGAGGGCGAGAAUACUUUUACGGAAAGUACUCCUCUAGACAGUAUAACUUUUGGUCAUUCCAUAGAGAGGAACAGCACAAGCCUAAACCUGAGGAAGCCCGUCGCUGGUACAAACAAGCCAAGUGUGAUCUCAAUGCUGCGCAUAAUGACACUGGGGGAAGGAGCACUGAGUGGUGUCUCUUUAAAAUACAUCAGGCAGUGGAAAAAGCCCUGAUAGCCGCAGAGUACAGGAAACGUGGUAAACACUCCAACAUCUCCUCCAUCACAAGUCAUGCUCAGCAAGUGUCAACAUACAGCCCAAAUUUGAGAUCUUUACCUGACAUUGUGAAAAGCUUGACAGCACUUGGAGUGGAUGCCAAGACAACUCAGUACCCAAAUUACCAUCGUUCUCCGCACAUUCCAAACACACAGUUUAAGUCUGAAAAUGAGAAAUCAGCGCUGAAUAAAGCAUCAGAGCUUCUCAAGACAAUAGAAACAUACAUCAGUGUGUGA